AUGACCUUGUAUGUGGUUGUGUCGACAGGGUCGUCGUCGCCGCCAGUGUCAUCCCUGCCGUAUCUCAGCAUGGAGUGGACGUCGACCUUCACCUCCACGUUCUCCACGCCUCCGCCGCCCACCACGCCCUCGCCACCCGCGUCCUCGCCACCCAUCCUCUCCAGCCCUUACUACCUGGGCGUGCGGGCGUCGGAUCUGGAACUGCACGAGGAUGAGAAGCCGCCCAUACUUACUCAGUCCUUCGCUCCGGCCUUCUCUUCCAGCAGCCUCAGUCUCACGCCCACGACGCUUUCCUUUACGCCCGCGAGUCUGUCUCUGCCGUCCGCGAGUCUGUCUCUGCCGUCCGCGAGUCUGUCUCUGCCGUCCGCCAGUCUGUCUCUGCCGUCCGCGAGUCUGUCUCUGCCGUCCGCGAGUCUGUCUCUGCCGCCCGCGAAUCUGUCUCUGCAGCCCGCGAGUCUGUCUUUCGCUUCUACUGGAUUAUCUCUUCCACCAGCGACUUUGUCUCUCUCGCCCACGACUCUCACACCCACUACGCAGUCUCCUACGCCCACAACAUUGCCCCUCACACCUACGAGUCUGGCUUUGACGCCCACAACCCUGUCGCAGCUGAGGAUGAGGGCGAGGGAACACAUUUCUUCUUUCAUUAACCUGAGCUCCGACUGA